AUUUCCCCUUCUUGCUGCGUAUAUACACGCAUAGCGGGCAGACACUCUCAGUACCAGAAAAGCCUUUCUCUCUCUCUCUCUGUCUAAAUUCUCACUUUAUAACUUAUAACAUUAAUGGCAGAAUUUGUUUUUGUUUUAUUUGUAGCGUUCACGAUUCUGUUCAUAUCAGGAGCAUAUUCAUCGGCGAUCUUCACCUUAAUAAACAAUUGCGAGCAAACAGUCUGGCCAGGCAUUUUGUCGAACGCCGGAGUUGCGCCGCUCUCCACCACCGGCUUCACUCUGGAGAAGGGCGAAUCAAGGGCCAUAAACGCGCCGCCUUCAUGGGGCGGCCGAUUCUGGGGUAGGACCCACUGUUCCCACGACACCACCGGGAAAUUCACUUGCGUCACCGGCGAUUGCGGCUCCGGGAGCGCGGAAUGCGCCGGAGGCAGCGCCGCCCCGCCGGCCACGCUGGCGGAAUUCACGCUCGACGGCCACGACGGCAUGGACUUCUACGACGUGAGCUUGGUGGACGGGUACAACCUCCCGAUGCUGGUGGCCCCGCGCGGCGGCUCCGGCUCCGGCGGGAACUGCACAAACACGGGGUGCAUGGCGGACUUGAUUGGCGCCUGCCCGGCGGCGCUGAAGCUGACGAGCUCGGCGGGGCAGAGCGUGGGGUGUAAGAGCGCCUGCGAGGCUUUCGGCGAGCCGCACUACUGCUGCAGCGGCGCGUAUCAAACACCCGACACUUGUAAGCCGUCGGCCUACUCUGAGGUGUUCAAGAACGCUUGCCCGCGCGCGUACAGCUACGCCUACGACGAUAAAAGCAGCACGUUUACCUGCACCGGCGCCGACUAUGACAUCACUUUCUGCCCUCCACUAGAUACCAGGCAAAAGUCGUCUUCAAUGAGCGGCGGCGAUCGCGAAGACGGGAUACCUUCAGUAAUGGACAGCACAAUGGUGUACGAGGGUGCAAGUGGAAGUGGGUCUUCAAUUAGAUUAGAAGCCAUUUAUGUUGCCAUCUCCGUCUUUGUAGCGAUCUUGCUCUUCAAUCCCACGCCCAUAUAAUAUAACCUUGUGGGUAUAUAUGGUGUCACAACUUUCAUGCGAGAGCCCAAAUCUUUCAAUUUCGACGUGUAUGUAGAUCCUGAUCUGAUCAUAAUUUAUUAGAAG